AAUUGUUCCACAACAUUACCAUAACUACAACGAGAAGAGGAUCUUUUAAGAGAAAGCAGAGAUAGAGAGAAGAAAGGAGUGUGUGUGAGUUUUGCCUCUUGUUUCCUUUAUAACACACAAAUAGAUGAAACGAGGAAAGCUACUACUUCUUUUGUUCCUUCCAUAAAAAGAUCCUUCCUUUCGCAGAGAAUCUAGUUUCUCUUUUUUUUUUCUUCUUCUCGUAGCUCCUCCAUUAAUGCUUAUAUAAGUCUCCUAUAUCUUCCUAUUCAUACACAAUCCUGCUUCUUAGUUAACUCUUCUAUUAAUCUCCCGUACAAGCUUCGUGGUUAGGUUUUCUAUAUUUAUUAACCCUUUUGGCCACUGGGAAAUUAAACAAGGAGAAAAAGAUGGUGAGGGGGAAAACUCAGAUGAAGCGAAUAGAGAAUGCAACAAGCAGACAAGUGACUUUCUCUAAGCGAAGGAAUGGUUUGUUGAAAAAAGCCUUUGAGCUCUCAGUGCUUUGUGAUGCUGAAGUUUCUCUGAUCAUCUUCUCUCCUAAGGCAAAACUUUAUGAAUUCGCCAGCUCCAAUAUGCAAGAUACCAUAGAUCGUUAUCUGAGGCAUACCAAGGAUCGUGUCAGCACCAAACCUGUUUCUGAAGAAAAUUUGCAGCAUUUGAAACAUGAGGCAGCAAACAUGAUGAAGAAAAUUGAACAACUCGAAGCUUCCAAACGUAAACUCUUGGGAGAAGGCAUAGGAUCAUGUUCGAUAGAGGAGCUGCAGCAAAUUGAGCAACAACUUGAGAAAAGUGUCAAAUGUAUCCGAGCUAGAAAGACUCAAGUGUUUAAGGAACAAAUUGAGCAGCUCAAGCAAAAGGAGAAAGCUCUAGCUGCAGAAAACAAGAAGCUCGCUGAAAAGUGGGGAUCUCAUGAAAUCGAAGUCCGGUCGAAUAAGAACCAAGAAAGUGGAAGAGGUGACGAAGAGAGUAGCCCAAGUUCUGAAGUAGAGACAGAGUUGUUCAUUGGGUUACCUUGUUCUUCAAGAAAGUGAACAAACCACUCUCCAGAAACAAAAACAAAAUAAAGCAGAAAAACUAAGUAAAAACGGGCUUGUUGUAUAAGUACAAGUAACAAAACUCUAAAUCUGCGUCUCUUGUUGUCUUCUUUCUCUUUCUCUCUCUAUCUAUCACUCUCUUCUUUAAAACUGAAUUUCCUCUGCUAUGUAUCUAUUAUGUUUUUAUACACUUGCCUCUCUAGAAUCUAAUUAUGUUUAUUGCUCA